UUUUUGGAUGUGUGAUGCUGCUUGGUUUGCAGAAAUUAGCAUAAUGAUUGGCGCGCUUUGACAAGAAAUCAUAUAAAAACUGUGAGCCAUCAAUGUAGAGACAGACACAAGUCGAACAGUUUUCAAUAGAACAACUCGCUUGAAACACUCUAGAAAAAUGAAAUUCUUCACCGCUGCCGCCUUCAUCGCCACUUUGGCCUUGGCCUCCGCUGAUGUCUCCCACUUGGGUUAUGGUUACGAACAACCCGCUGCUAGCGCUCCAGUAAACUCCUACAUUCCACCAGCAGCUAGCGCUCCAGCUCCAGUCUACUCAGCUCCAGCACCAGCUCCAGUUUACUCUGCUCCUGCACCAGCUCCAGUCUACCAGCCAGCUCCAUCUGCACCAGUCUCUUCAUACAUCCCACCUGCACCAGCUGCUUCCAUCCCUGAGCCAGUCUACCAACCAGCCCCAGCUGCCCCAGCUCCAGUCUACCAACCAGCCCCAGCUGCCCCAGCUCCAGUCUACCAGCCAGCUCCAGCUCCAGCUCCAGUCUACUCAGCUCCAGCACCAGCUCCAGUCUACCAACCCGCUCCAUCUGCCCCAGUCUCUUCAUACAUCCCACCCGCACCUCAGCCAGCUGCCUCUGAAGUCUAUGAGCAACCCGCUCAAGAUGGUUACAGAUACCGCACUGUCCGUCGUCGCGUCUACAAGCAACGUCGUUUCUAAACUAAACGAUCCGUUAGUGUAAAGCUUUAACAAGCUCUCAAAUGAUGAAAAUGAACAACUGAGAGGCUUUCGAGGCGAAUUCAUUUUUUUAAUUCGUUCGAAUUGUGUUGUUAAUUAUUUUUUGCGAUAAUA